GCGCGUGCCCGAAGCGCGCCUCCCUCCUUCCCGCCAUGGAGCUGGUGGCGGAGCUGCGCGCGGGCGGCGGGCGGGCGCGGGAGGUGCGCGUGCGGUGCGCGGCGGAGGCGGGCGGGGAGCUGCGCGCUCUGCGGCGCGGGCUGGGCGAGCUGCAGGAGCGCGUGGCCGAGCUGCUGGCGCCCCUCGUGCUGGAACAGCAGCGGCGCGGCGGAGCGCCGGGCGGCGGUGACGGCCUGAAGGAGGAAGAAGAAGGGGAGGAGGAGGACGACGACGACGACGAGGACGACGACGACGAGGAGAACAGCGUGGAAGCGGCGCGGGCCGAGCUCCCCCCGCCGAAGCGGACGAGGGUGCAGCCGCCGUGAGGGUAGCGCGUGGGCCCCGCGUUACGCCGCGCCGAGCGCUGUGCGGGGCUCACGCCGCGCGGGACGCGAAUAAAGCGGCGGCGGCACCGCGCUGCGAAGGCGCCGUGACGGCACCGCCCUCCCCGUGCCCCCGCCGCCCCGCAGCGGGAGCUCUGCCCGCCUGCACGGGGCGCCUCGGGCCCAGCACACGUAGAUGGAAAACGUGGAACCCUUCCAGCUGCGCUGCGUACGGCCGGGGUGCUGGCGGGGCAGCGGCGCUGCGAUAAGCACUGGGAUACCGCAGCGGUCUGACGCUGCCGUCUGCCCCGAGCGUGUCUUGGCGCUUUGUCUACGAGUGCCGCGCUCUACGUGCUUCCUUCCCUGAAAUGUAUUUACACGCACGGAGGUGGCAUCAGAGCUUCGCCUUCUGCCUGUACAGAACUCAGCAUUAUCUCAAUAAUAAAAGAAGAAAAAAAAUUACCUCUCAGCCGGGCCGGGGGAACCCCAGCGGCGGUCGGCGCGGUUUGUGGCACAGGGGGCGUAAACGCGGCAGCACCGCCUGCAGCGCGUGUCACCCCUCCCGGCUGCAUGAAGCAGCAGAACUGCGGCCCCGCGGAGGUAGCUCCUCUCUCCUGACUGAUAACACUGCGGUCUGUGGAAUGCCAGCGAGGAUGCGAUGCUUCCCAUGCUUCGGCCCCCCCAGUUCUGUUUGGCACGUGCUUCUGUGGAGAGGCCGCGAUGCUGGUGGUACCCAGCUGGUACUCAGAUAGUUCUGAGCAGAAGCAGGCGGGCUGAUUUAGCAGCGCUCUGCUGGCACAGUAUCUCUGUGUUUGGGAAACAGCAAAUCUUAAGACUAUGGAGGACAAAGCAUCUGAAUAAAUAAAGCACCAAAUAGUCCGCAUUUAUUGGAAGUAGUGCAAAAAGUUGAAAAAGGGGUCCAGUAAACGUACUUUGGAAAUCUU